AUGGCAGAGUAUUGGUACGACGAGGCCUACCAUGGGCUGGGACUGGCUAUACCUCAAGGAUUCUUUGCGGUACACAUUGGCGCUCUGAAGAUUGGCAUUCAGAUGCAGGGACCAAGCUAUGCCAACUUGGUGAUGGCUGCCGAGCUUUUGGGAGAUUCUGCUGCGGUGGAGAAGUGGUUCCGCAUGGCAUGCCAGAGGCAGGCCGCUGUCCAAGAAAGCUUCAUCGAAAAACUCUUGCAGAGAGCCCCGGAGCUGGGUUGGUCUAUCUUGAUGGAUCGCCAAGAUCUUUCGGGUGCACGGGCCUGGCUACAACGUGCCAAAGAGGACGUGGCCACGGGUGAACGGUUGGGGUGCAGCACCUUUCCGACGCGCAUCGUCAUCUCGGACACGGAACACCGUGCUAUCUCGAUGGAUCAGUUGUCGCGGAUUUGGGCUUUCAUCAAACAGCACUGCAGGCGUUGGCAUGAUUUCUUCAAGAUUUCGCCCACUCGAGGUCAGCCGUUGACCGCAGAGAUCAUCAACUUGUAUCACUUGGAUGCCUGGCUCAUCCGCCCCGCCACCCAGGCGGAGAAUUGUUCCAUGGUGGAGCUGAUGGCAUCGAAGGCGCAGACGCCGCAGUGGUUCAUCUCCCAUUGGUGGGGUGAACCCGUGCAUGCCUUUACCACUUGUGUUAAGCGCCAUGCAGAGAUUCGACAACUGCCGGGCACGUCCUGCUACUGGGUUUGCGCCUAUGCAAAUCGGCAGCAUGCCCUGAGCCAGGAGGUGGCUGCGGAUCCCAGAGAGACCAGUUUUUUUCGCGCGCUGAAUCUCAGUGAAGGUGUCCUCCUGAUCUUGGAUGAAGCCACAGAAUCUUCGGGCCCCGCCACACCCUUCACCAGGAUUUGGUGCGCCUUCGAAGAGUUCGUGGCGUUGACGCCGGGCGCCCGCCUCGGCUGCUGCUGGACAUCGCGGCGGCGGAGAAGGGGACGCCGCAGCUGUUGA